GAGAGAGAGAGGCAGUGUACUGUACUGAAAGCGGUGUAAUUCUGACCUAUGUUCCAUUAGCCUAUUACUGCCCGAAGGCAUAGUUACCGCGUCGGUCUGACUGACUGUAGCAGAGUCGCCGUGGACCCACUAUCCUACUACAGUCUCUCCAUCCCCACUGCACGUCCUUUCUCUCAUUGUCUGCGCAGGGUAAUGGAUUUGGAACCUUCAGCUCCCGGAGAGCACGCCUCUCUGUACCUUCACUGAGACAGCGCAACCUGCAGUGACCAGCGCCAAGCUACACCAGCACCAGGGGACCAAUCAAUACAGGAAGCCCUAGAGGGAAAAGAAAAGCAUACACAGAAACGAAAUACGUCGCGGAGGAGGCAGUCAUAAUGAAGCGCCACCAUGUCUAAGGCCACGGUGAAGAAGCUGCACUGGCGCUCCAAGGUGCAGGAGAGCUUCGUGCCGCUGGGCGGCGGCUCGGGGGAGCUGGGCGUGGCCAUCGGAGGCGGUGCUGACUACGGAGAGUUUCCAUUUGUCACAGCAGCACCGGGGGGAGGGGCUACGGUUGGCGACGUCAUCUUGGAGAUCGGGGGCACGCCUGUCCUGGGGAUGACCCUGGGAGACGUGAGAGGGGUCCUCAACUCCUGCCCCCACCCCAUCCGCAUCAAAACUGUCUCUCCAGGUUCCACGCUGUGUAAGGACCUGAGGUUGUAUCUCAGUAAGUGCUUCACUCCUGGCUCCAUGGACAGCCAGCUGCAGCAGGUCAUCAGGGAGAAUCUGUACCUGCGCGCCGUGCCCUGUACGACGCGGCAGCCCCGUGAUGGAGAGAUCUCUGGGGUGGACUACAACUUUGUCUCCAUCGAGGAGUUCUUCUCCCUGGAGGAGUCUGGAGCCUUGCUGGAGAGCGGCAAGUUCAAGGGGAACUACUAUGGUACACCACGACCAGUCCACAUUGGCCCAGAGAGCCCACCAAUCACGUACCAGGAGCACCGCAACCUGCUCCGGAACUUUAGAACACGCAGCAAGUCUCUUAGCAACCUGGAGAAGGCUGUGGAAGAAGGGGAAAACAGUGAGGAGGACUCUGGCCUCUCAGCGGGCUCGGUGGGAGCUGGCAGUGCGCCCCCUACUGCCCUGCCCCUCAGCCAGUCAUGGGAGUCGGGGGUCAGGGACGGCAGCGGGGCGGAAAACGGAGCCAGCGGCACGCUCAGCAGGGCGGGCAGCACCAGGGGGGUGGCGCUGCCCCAGAACUGGGAGCUCGCCUUCAGCGACUCAGGAGAACCAUACUACAUUGAUCACAACUCCAAGACCACCAGCUGGUUGGAUCCCAGGGCUCAGAGCAAAGAGAUCGUCAGCAAGACAGAGUUGCCUGAGUUUACAGACCAGCCAGCAGAACUUAAGGGCUAUUCCAUCCACACGCGUCUGUCUAAGGGCCCUCGAGGGUUUGGCUUCAACAUCGUAGGAGGCAGCAGGCCCAGGGAGUUCUUACAGGUGUACAGUGUUACACCAGGAGGACCCCCCGCACUCAACACAGCUGAUCUCCUGGUCUACAUCAACGACAACUGCGUCCUGGGUCUGUCCCACAAGGAGGUGGUGGAGAUGCUCAAGUCCGUCCCCAUGGGCCACAGCGUGGACGUGGUGCUUAGGCGGGGCUACCCCAUGCUCUACAACCCAGACGGCUGCCCUAAAAAGCCCCCCGACCCCCCCUCAGCCUCGGCCUCCUCCUCCGAGCCCUCCACCCCCGCCGAGGCCCCCCACCCCCCCGGCUUGGCUAACCUCAACCGCGCCCUCCCAAUUCACCACCAACACAACGCCAACUAUUUCAGAGGGGGAGGAGCCUCUGGGCUGGAUGCCAAUGGGAAUGCGGCCUUGGCCCCUCCCUCUUAUGCUCCUCUGACCAAUGGGCUUCCUGGGCCUGGCCCAGGCUCCUCCCACAGCAGGGGUGUGCCCCCCCCUCCUCCACCAGAAAGGUCUUCAGCCAGUCAGAGUGAUUCUGAUGGGGCCUCAGUGGGUGGCAGUCACAGCAGGUCGUCUCUGAUUCGCUAUAACAGCAGCACUCUCCCUGCCCAGAGCUCCAAGUCGUCAGAGAGUGACCUCUCCACCAUCGCCCUGCCCAUCUCCAAACUCCCCCUGUCCCAGCCUGAGACUGGAAGCUCCACGCCCCCCGGGGGUCCCUGCCAGCGACCCCCUAUGCCCCAAACCUCCCUCGCUCUCAGCCCCCCCACUGAGGUGCCCCCAUGUGGCUUUAACGGUUGCCCUGCCAACAACCACCCUCCCAGGGGGAACUCCAGCACCCUGCCCUCCCCAGGGUCCAGCUCUGGUGCCGGGGCCGGGGCCGGGCCUGGGGUCGGGCCUGGGCCUGGGGUCGGGCCUGGGCCUGGGGUCGGGCCUGGGCCUGGGGUCGGGCCUGGGCCUGGGGAGCUGGUGCCCAUAGCUUUGGGCAGGAGCGAGGGCGGGGGGAUGGGCUUCAACAUGACAGCAGGGGGGCCGGGGGGGCAGCUGGCCCUGGUGAAGAGGGUGUGGGACAGGCGGCAGUGCCCCUCCCUGCAGCCAGGGGACACCAUCGUCAAGAUCAACGGAGCGGACGUCCAGGGCCUCAGCUUCACCCAGGUCCAGAGAGUUCUGCAGGACCACACCAAGCAGGGAGACGUGGUGCUGCUGGUCUACAGAGGGGGAUCCCACUCGCUUGUCUCCCCCAACCUCUACAAAUCCCCCUCUUCCCCCCCUGGCCCCCCUGGCCCAUCAGGCCACGCCUCCUCCGACAUGCCUUCCUCAGCCUCAGAUGCCUUGCUGCCCCCCCACCCUCACCCUAAUCCCAACCUCCACCCCCCCGGGAGCCUGGCCCCUCCCACCCCGGCCGCAGAUCCCUCCCUGGUCCAGAGCACCAGCUUCCUGGACUCUAUCCCUGUUACCCUGACGCUGGAGCCCAGGGACUGGCAGGGGGUGGAGGAGAGUGCCGGGGGUCCCCCCCCCUCCAGGAGCUCGUCCCUGGGGGCCGUGGCUAAAGGACAGGUGGACAGCCGAGGAGGGCCGAAGCCCCUGGAGGUGGAGCUCAGGAGACGACCUGGGGAGGGCUUCGGAUUCGUCAUUGCCUCUCAAGACGUGGCCAAUGGUGCCUCAUCCAUGCUGUCUCACCGCUUUGUGACGGUGCGCCGGGGCAGCCCUGCGGCCCGGAGCGGCCACAUCCGGCCAGGGGACCAGCUGGAGGCUGUGGAGGGGCGCUCCGUGGUCACGCUGCCUCACCGAGACCUCGCCCAGAUCCUCCGCCGAGCGGGAAACACACUCCGCCUCACCAUCAUCCCCCGGUCACACACAAACCCCUCCAGUGUGUCAGAAGCUGCAGAGCUGGACCCUGAUGGCAGGGUCAGGAAAGGUCACAGGGGCAAGCCAAAGCAGGAGUCUAAAUUCUACAGUGUGGAUCUGGAGCGGGGGCCCACUGGUUUUGGUUUCUCCCUGAGGGGGGGCAGUGAGUACAACAUGGGGCUCUACGUGCUGGGCCUUAUGGAGGGGGGGCCUGCCUCGCGCUCACACAAGAUCCAGGUGAGUGACCAGCUGGUGGAGAUCAAUGGGGACAGUACGGUGGGGAUGACCCACAGCCAGGCGGUGGAGCAGAUACGCAGGGGGGGGCACCGCAUCCACCUGGUCCUCAAGAAGGGCAACGGUUACGUCCCUGACUACGUGGAGCUGUCCAGUCUGUCUCUGUGUAUGACCAACUCCAAGCAAGGAGAGCCCUGUUUCUAUGUCAUCGGCAGGACAGAGAAUACGCGACCAUGAGUUCGGGGCCGUCGCCUCCUCCCCCUCCUCCCACCCAGAGGAGUCGGGUGUGGAUCCAGUAACCUUAGAUAAGAGUCGCUCGCUGCCCAGGUCCAGACCCAGCACUGACCUCGGGGAGGCCAGGGGAGG